AUGGCAGUUCCUUAUUUCAACCCUGCGAACAAUUUUGAAGUUCAGCAUGAAGGCAGCGAAGCCUUGGCCAUCAAUGACACUUAUCCUCGUCGUUUCUUAGCUCGUCUAGCACUUCAUACAACAGCAAAGUUCUUUGAUCGGGACGGCCCCUGUGUACCAAUCACCAAGCAUAAAAUCCUCAAAACGGGAUAUUCAGUACACCUUACAGAAGCUGUCACGAUGAAGUAUGUCGCUCAACAUACAUCGAUUCCUGUUCCCAAAGUUUAUUGCUCCUUUCUCCACAAAAACAGAGCAUAUCUCGUCAUGGAGAGAAUUCAAGGCGAGACUUUGGCAGCUGCCUGGCGAAAAUUAUCCAAAGAGUCUCUUCAGAAAAUCUUCUCGCAGCUAAAGCAUAUGAUCCAAGAGCUUCGAGCUUUGAAGCCCCCACCAAAUACGGGAGUAGAGAGCUGCGUUGGUGGUUCCAUGUACGAUUCCCGCCUACCACACGGCACCCCGCGCUUUGGACCCUUCAAGACUAUCCAAGAAUUUCACCUCUGGCUGAGAAGAAAUCUUAAAGCAACAGAGACAGGCGAUCACGUCACCCAAAAAGAGGCCGACGACGUCAGAGCCAUGAUUGUUAAACAAGAUGCCCUAUGGCCAGCCCCAGUUUUCACACAUUGCGAUUUGAAUCCAUUUAACAUCUUAGUUCGUGGGGACCGGAUAGUUGGAAUCAUUGAUUGGGAAUUUUCAGGCUGGUAUCCUUCUUACUGGGAAUACACAUCUGCGUGGCGUGGAAAUCUUCUUAGAAGUGAAUAUCAAGGUAUUCUUCUUUCGUUGCUCGAUCCCUAUCCCGAGGAACUAGAAAUGGAAAGAACACGCUGCAAAUGGUGGGGAGAGUGGUGA